GUGGAGCAGAAUGGAGGGGAAAGGAGAGCGGAUUGGGAGUGGUUAAGAGGAGAGGGAGGGAAAAUGAAGGGCCUCCCUCACCGUUGCCAAGGCAACUUGAUGUCACGGUGACAUCACACACCACUAAAAGCUUUUAACCGGAUUCCUCUCCUGCCUUAGGCCCCAUUUUGAGCCCUCUUUCAGCUAGACUAGGGGGAAGGGCACAGGCAGGACGGUGUGUGUGCCUUCUUGCAUGUGUCACUCCCUCACUGCAGAUUCAAUACAGCUCUUAGCACAGUAAAAGACUUUCAAAUUCAACCUCUAAAGAUCCUAUUUUUGCAAACACAGCCUGCACAGGCCAAGAGAACAAUUUCAAAAAUGGCAACAGAGGAUGGUUUCAGCUACCUAAUGCCAGGCCACAGUGAGAAGCACAGGCGGGCCCCGAACUGGACCGACGGUGAAAUGAAAGCCCUCCUGUACGUGUGGGAAGAACACCACAACGAACUGAAAAUGAGCAAGAGGAACGCUAAGGUUUACGAGAAGAUGUCCCAGAGGUUUUUCCAGCUGACCGGAGAGCAGCGUUUCAAAGAGGAGAUCAAGAUGAAAAUCACCAACAUGUCUUUUCAGUACAGGCGACUGAAAACCACGGCCAAUGAAAGCGGGGAGACGCCUGACUGGCCGUAUUUUAAGGCCAUUGAGAAGAUCCUCUCCAAGCCAUUGGAGAAUGGGCGGGUGAACCCUUUGGAGUUCCAGGCCUCCGCUGCAGGUCCCUCCACUUCCUCCCAGUCUACAGACAACCUGGUGCCCCUGUCAGAGGAGGGGAUGAUGGGAUUCCUGCCAGAGUAUACAGGCUCCUCAGAUGAGAUGGAGAUAAAACAAGAGCUGGACUCUUUGAGCUCUGACAGUGAGCAUACACAGGGCUCCAGCUCGCACCCUACUUCAGCCAGGAAAAGGCGCGCCAACAAACAUCUGUCGGUAAAGAGAAAGAAACUGCGGGUUAUGCAAGCCAUGUUGCAGCAACAGAGGAGGUCAAGCCGGGCCAUAGAGGAGACGUGCAGGGAGGUCCGUCGAGCCAUGCACCAACAGAACCUCCUCCAGGUCCAGUGUCUGCAGCUGCAGGAGCGUAUGAUGAACCUUCUGGAGAAGAUGAUUCAGCCACCCUCCACCACGUCAGCACCCUGGGGUCAGAGUGGGGUCAAAGAUCCAGGGAAGCAGUGAAAUGUGAAGGCUGCGGUCGUCUUGGAGAGAUUGCGUAACCUAUAGCCUUGUUGAGGCAAAAAUAUAAAGUUAUAAUGGACAUUAACAUCGAACAUUGUUAACGUGUUGUUGCAUAUGUCGAAUUAUAGCUCAGCGGUCAUCAGCCUGAAUAUCAUUAAUGGAAGAUGACCAUGUUAAUAAUUAUAAUGACAUAUGCUGGCACUUUAGCAUCCGCCGUAAUUCCCAUCUGAGUUUACAUUGAAAGGGUAAUUGUAUCCGAUCCUCUUUCUUGAUAAUUUGUCAAGUACCCUAUUAAAAUCACUGUGGGAACAACAGCCUUGCAAAAACAGACUUAUCUUGUCACUUCAUUUUCUUCACUGUGCCAAGAUAAUUACAAGUUGGGAAGGUUUGAUGCCAAAACAUGGGCAAUUUGUAGCAUUAUGAACCAGGAGUUGAGGCAAUAAUCCCUGCUGUUAUUGAAGUGAUAGGAAAGGAGCUGUCGGCAAACGGCAUCCUAACCAACUUUUUUUUGUGCUCGAUAGCAGUAAACAUAAAGGUAUAUUUUAACUUUUAACUGAUUUUACUGUUCAAGCUGAAUCUAAUUUAGAUGCAAUAAAUAAAAAUCUGCCAGACAAGUCAUUCAUAUCCAACAACAUGUCACUGUGAGCACACAGAUUGGCAUUCUGCCCACACGCUUACUGGACUGAGUAAAGACAAACAAAUAACAUAUACAGUGUUGUGUGGCUUUUUUUCCCCCUUAGAUUUCAAUACCUUAAUAUAUGAAGAUGUCAUGUUCUUAUUUGCAUUUCUGCUGAAUAAAACAUCACACAGUCUA